UAAUCAGUAAUCACGGCGCUUUUUCUAGGUUGUCCCAUUUGCCCGUCGACGGUCGAGUGUCGACCCGCGACCGCCAGUGUCAGUCCAUUUAUCCGCGCCGCCUUGCCGUCGAGUUGUUUCUAGUGCUGUCACAGCUGCUCGCGUUUGGUUUUCGCAGUCCGAUUUUCUGUUCUUAAAAACCUCUUCUCAUGUAGCGAUAAGUCGACGGGGAUAUAUUUAAAAGUAUUUACACUGUUUAUUUGAUUAACCGGAGUUGCUAAUAGGAAAGAACUAUGCACCGAGCACAGUCAAUUGUAAAUCAAUUGGUUCCUUGUGUACCAACAAUUGUUGGUAGGCAAAAAUUUGCAACAUGGUUGAUUGGACCAAAAACCCGAGCUCUUAUAGGAGCAACUCAAUCUAUAACUGUGGCAGAUAAAAAAUACUCAACUCAAGGAAAUCAAGAACAAUUUCUUAAUGGAACUUCGGCUUCUUACAUUGAAGAUAUGUAUAAUGCUUGGUUAGCAGAUCCAAAAAGUGUUAAUGUCUCUUGGGAUGCUUUUUUUAAAAACUGUGCAGCGGGAGCUCCUCCUGGUAGAGCAUAUCAGGCACCUCCUACACUAGCUCCUCCAGGCAGAAACGAAGUACUAUUAUCUAAUUUACUGCCUAGUGUUCAAAAUACAGCAGCUGUUGGUGGAGCAUAUAAUGAAAAAAUGAUUGAUGACCAUUUGGCUGUACAAGCUAUCAUUAGAUCCUAUCAGAUACGAGGACAUCAUAUUGCACGUCUUGACCCUUUAAAUUUGAAAAAAGGCAACCAAGACGAUAGACUCCCACAGGAGAUUCUAUACGGUUGUUAUCCUCCUUUUGGCAAACCACCCGAUAAUACUACAUAUUCUCAACACCUACAGAAUAAAGUAGCCGAAUUAAUGGAGGACGCCGACAUGGAACGCGUGUUUAAACUUCCAUCAACAACGUUUAUUGGAGGUAAAGAUAAUGCAUUGCCAUUGAAAGAAAUCCUUAAACGUCUGGAAAACACCUAUUGUCGUUCAAUUGGUGUCGAGUUUAUGUUUAUUAAUUCGUUGGAACAAUGCAAUUGGAUUAGACAACGGAUGGAAACACCAGGCGUAAUGGAAAUGGAUAAAGAACAAAAGCGACUUAUUUUGGCCCGUCUUACUAGAGCAACAGGUUUUGAAUCGUUUUUGGCUCGUAAAUGGUCCAGUGAAAAACGUUUUGGUUUGGAAGGCUGUGAAAUUCUGAUACCAGCAAUGAAACAGGUUAUCGAUAAGUCUACAGAGUAUGGAGUCGAAUCAAUCAUUAUGGGUAUGCCACAUCGUGGUAGACUUAAUGUGUUGGCAAAUAUCUGUCGUAAACCAUUAAAUCAAAUAUUCACACAGUUUGCCGCUCUUGAGGCUGAAGAUGAAGGUUCUGGAGAUGUUAAAUACCAUUUAGGUACAUAUAUUGAGCGUUUAAACCGUGCCACCAAUAAGAAUGUCCGCUUAGCUGUUGUGGCUAAUCCUUCACAUCUGGAAGCUGUGGAUCCAGUAGUUCAAGGAAAAACCAGAGCCGAACAGUUUUACAGAGGAGACGGAGAAGGCAAAAAAGUUAUGUCAAUUUUACUUCAUGGAGAUGCAGCGUUCUGUGGCCAAGGUGUUGUAUACGAAACAUUCCAUUUAUCAGACUUACCCGAUUAUACAACACAUGGUACAAUACAUAUUGUUGUCAACAAUCAAAUUGGAUUUACUACUGAUCCAAGACAUUCUCGAUCAUCGCCUUAUUGUACAGAUGUUGCCAGAGUGGUGAAUGCUCCAAUUUUCCAUGUCAACUCUGACGAUCCAGAAGCCGUAAUGCACGUUUGCAACAUCGCCGCUGAGUGGAGAAAUGUUUUCCACAAAGACGUUGUCAUUGAUUUAGUGAGUUACCGAAGAUAUGGCCAUAAUGAAAUUGACGAACCCAUGUUUACUCAACCAAUUAUGUAUAAAGUCAUAAAGAAAACACCGCCAGUUUUAGACAAAUAUGCUGAAAAAUUAAUUAAAGAAGAAGUGGUUACGAAUGAAGAAGUUAAGGAUGUGUGGGAUAAAUAUGAUAAAAUUUGUGAGGAAGCCUACACGACUUCUCGUCAAGAAACUACUAUUAAGUACAAGGAUUGGUUGGAUUCACCUUGGUCUGGAUUCUUUGAAGGCAAAGAUCCGUUGAAAGCUUCCAAAACGGGUGUGAAAGAAGAAACAUUGAAUCACAUUGGAAAAAGAUUUUCUUCGCCGCCGCCAAAUGCCGCUGAAUUUGUUGUUCACAGAGGUAUUGAAAGAAUUUUGAAAGCGCGCAUGCAAAUGGUUGAAAACCGUACAGUUGAUUGGGCUUUGGGUGAAGCAAUGGCAUUUGGGUCUUUAUUGAAAGAAGGUAUUCACGUACGGCUCAGUGGACAAGAUGUCGAAAGAGGUACAUUCUCUCAUCGUCAUCAUGUACUCCAUCAUCAGCUGUCCGAUAAAUCCACAUACCGUCCAUUACGUCAAUUGUAUCCUGACCAAGCAGAGUACACUGUUUGUAAUAGUUCAUUGUCUGAAUUCGGAGUAGUAGGUUUUGAACUUGGCUUUUCGAUGACCAAUCCAAAUGCUUUGGUGUGUUGGGAAGCUCAGUUCGGUGAUUUCAACAACACCGCACAAUGCAUAAUUGAUCAAUUUAUAAGCUCUGGCCAAUCCAAAUGGGUUAGGCAAUCCGGUCUUGUGAUGUUAUUACCUCACGGUCUUGAAGGAAUGGGACCAGAACAUUCUUCUGCGAGGCUGGAAAGAUUUUUACAAAUGUGCUCUGAUGAUCCCGACUACUUCCCUCCUGAAAGUGAUGAAUUUGCUGUUCGUCAGUUGCACGAUAUUAAUUGGAUAGUGGCCAAUUGUUCAACGCCAGCUAAUUAUUUCCAUAUUCUCCGUCGACAAAUCGCUUUGCCUUUCCGUAAACCAUUGAUUUUGAUGACACCCAAAUCAUUAUUACGACACCCCGAAGCCAAAUCGAGUUUUGACGAAAUGAACGAAGACACUGAAUUUCAGAGAUUGAUUCCAGAAAAAGGUGCUGCUUCUGACAAUGCUUCAAAUGUCAAAAGAGUAAUAUUCUGUUCCGGCAAAGUAUACUACGACUUGACAAAAGCCAGAGAAGAACGUAAUCUUGUCGACACUGUUGCCAUCGCUCGAGUAGAACAAAUAUCUCCAUUCCCAUUCGAUUUAAUUAAGAAGGAAUGUGCCAAGUACCCUAAUGCAGACAUUGUUUGGUCGCAAGAAGAACACAAAAAUCAAGGACCGUGGCUUUACGUUCAACCCAGGUUCCAUACACUAUUAAACGACUCCAAAAGCGUUAGGCUUUCCUCUAAAAGUUCUGGAGGAUUUUUUUCCCGAAUAUUUUCAUCGCAAUCAAACAAAAUCGAAGACGUUUCCGAAAUCAGUUUAACUGAACAGAAAAAUGCUACUAGAAAAUUUAGUUAUGCCGGAAGACCAACAUCCGCUUCACCCGCGACGGGUAGUAAAAUGCAACAUUUAAAAGAACUCGCAGCCCUUCUUGACACAUCUUUUGCCGUUUAAACGCAGACAUAGAAAAAUAAUGAAACAUCAAUUUUUGAAAUGUUUACACUAUACUAUGCCAUUAAAAGAGAUGUCUAGGGUUCGUAAUGUAAUCUCCUAUUUACAUGAAUGUAGUAGGCUAGUUACCUUAAAAUGACUCGGAUAUGUAUUAUGUAUUAAUUGUUGUUAAUUUAUUAUUUACUCUGUUAUUAGUUUCUAAUCGUAUCACAUUAUAUCAUCUUGCAGCUUGAAGUAUGUCUUAUCUACCUGUAAAAAGUUGUUAUUGUUAAAACCUGCCACUUUCCCAAUGAAUUAUAUAUUGUAUAUUCAUAACGUUAUUUUUAAAACCAUAUUACAAUAUUGUUUAGUAUAAAAUUUUACCUAUGGUAUAAUACAAGUAUAUUUUCGUAUCCUACAUGUAUUUAUUGUUAGUUUAUUAACGAAAACUAUUGUACUUAGAUCAAUUGAUCAAUAAAGUCGUGUGAUGUUAAUAGAAUUGUAUUAUUAGUAUAUACCACCGCUGAUAUUUGACUAACCAAUGUUUAUUCACUCAUUUCAUUUGUAUGUACUUAAUCAUUAUAAUUUUUUUUCUUCAAAAUAGCUUAAACUUUGAUCUAAUGGCACAAAUACCUAUUCUGUACAAUCACUAAUGUUAAUGACUUAUAUGCACCAACUUUAUCUUCUAUUGAAACGUAUGAUUAAGAAGCUGUGUUUUUUGUUCAAAUAUAUUGUAUUUCACUCAAUCAAAGAAAUCGUUUUAACUUUACUAUGGAGCUGAGAAGGUUGUGAAAUAAAUAUAAUAAUCGGUUACAAAAAAUGUAAUGGAUUUAUAUUAUA